AUGACUAUCGACCACGGAAUUUCUGAUUUCAUCGCUGGCAGGUGGUGUCGAGCUGGAUGGCUGAAAGACCCGUUGAUUGAUAAGCAAUUCAAGAAAUUCCGACAAAAGAAAAAGCGCCUCCAUGUCGUCGACAGGGUUCACGUGUCAUUGAUUGCGGAGAAACCAACAAUCAACGCCAAAGGUCUUCAUCUCAUGCGUGCUGUCGUUUCCCUCGGCAGUUUCAAGUUUCAUAGAAUUGAAAUGGCGAGUAGUGAAUGA